CGUUAUUCUAUUUAACAGAGGGCGCUUUUGGUACGGGACGGUUUGUUAAGAUUUGUCAUUAUGGCUUUAACGCUUUAUAAUUUAUUUGAAGCGAUAUUGUUAUGUGUAAAUGCAAUUGCUGUUCUUCACGAAGAACGUUUUUUAGCCAAAGUUGGAUGGGGCAAGGAUCAAGCUAAUCGGGGUUUUGGUGAUGAGCAAGGAAUAAAAUAUCAGUUGAUUAAUCUUAUUCAUUCAGUUCGUACUGUAAUGAGGAUACCUCUGAUAUUUUUUAAUAUCCUCACCAUUAUAUUCAAGCUUAUCCUUGGUUAAAUAUUGAAGAUGAAGGUUUAAUAAACAUUUAUAAGUAAUUAUGGCCAUUUUUAUGAUGAUUUAUUAUUAUUCAUAAUUUAAGUGAUUUUUAUGUGUUUAUUUUUGUACAUAACAACUGAUAAAGUUUAAAACAACUGUACAUAAAAUUAAAUUUCUAAUAAUUUUCUAUGAAGAUGAUCAUAUUUUCUUACCUUU